AUGGAGAAGACAUGCGGAGUGGAGUUUCGCAAUGUCGGAAGUUGCUACUUCCCACAGAGCAGAGUGGACUGCCACUACACCAUAAACUCACAGCACACAUGGGCCAGUAAUGACUGGAUUGGACUAUUUAAAGUUGGCUGGUCGUCAAUCAAGGAGUACCAUACAUUUGUGUGGGCAGUAGCACCAUCCAACUACAAAGAGGGGACCUCCGUGAACUGCUGUGUUAAUUUCCAAGCAUCCUACCUACCAGGGCCUAGUACUCAGCAGUACCAGUUUGUGUAUGUGGAUGGAAGGGGAGAGGCUUGUUCGCGCAGCACUGCCUUUACCUUCUCAGCCCCAAAGCCCAUGGAGGAGCUGAUGACUCUGGAGGAGGAGGGGCAAGGAGAGGAAGUGGGCGAAGACAUGUUGCUGGUCAUCCCCAGAGCCCAGCUACUGCAGAGACGUCUGCAGGAGUGUUUGAAGGAGCGUGCUGAGCUGCUCCAGGCUCUUGAAGCAGCAGACCAGAACGUAGAGCGGGAGAAAGGCAGGAGAGAGAGAGACAGAAGCUCCUGGGAGCAGAGCCGCAAGGAGCUGGAAAGGAAGAUCGGCGAGCUGAAGGAGGAAGUGAGAGAAUAUAUAGAGAAAGUAGAGGAGAUGAAGAAGAAGCAGAAGGAAGCUGAGGAUUUAGGUGAGGCCCUGACAGAGGAGAAGAGAGCCCUGCUAACUCAAAAAGAAGCUAAUGAGCAGCGAAUCAGAGAGCUAGAAGAGGACAUUAAAGUACUGACCCAGAGAGGACUGGAAAGAGAGACUGACCUAGAAAGGUUAAGGGAACGGGCCAAGAAAGCAUCAGCUCAGAAGAAGGAAGAUGAGGAUGAACGCGAGAACCUGAAGUUAAAGAUGGAACGAACAGAGAAAGAGCUGCACAGUCUUUCAUCAGAGUUUCAGAGUCUGAGAAGUUCACUGGCCCAGAGAGAUACACAUGCUCUACAGCUCCGAGACACCAUCACCACCCUCACACACAAACUCAACAGCGCUCACAGGAAGGAGGCAGCCAAUGAAGUGGCAUUGAGUGAACUUCGGAGUGUUCAAGAGCGCCUGAACGUGAGUGAACGCUGUGUGGAGACUCUGAGGGGGGAGCUGAGAGACAUGGUUGCUCAGAGGGACACCACACACGCCGAGCUCCAUCAGGCCCGUCUGCAGGCCGCACAACUCACACUUCAGCUGGCAGAUGCAAGCCUCUCUCUGAGAGAGGGCAGAGCCAACUGGGCACAGGAGAGAGAGACCCUGCAGCAGAACACUGAGAUAGACAAAGUCCGCCUGGAACGCCUUAAUGACGAGAUCCAGCAAAAGGAGGCGAUGUUGCAAGAGGCAAGGAUGGAGAGAGAAAAAGCAGUAGUGGAGCUGGGACGAGAGAAAGACUGCAAUCGGGUUCAGUUAAGCGAGACUCGUCGUGAGCUGCAGGAGCUGAAGGCCAGUCUCAGAGUGGCUCAGAAAGAGAAGGAGCAGCUGCAGACAGAAAUACAGGAAGUGAUGGAGUACAGCCGUCAGCUGGAGAGAAGGCUGGAGGUGCUGAGCGAUUCUAAAUGGAGUGAGACGGCCCUGCUGCAGAGCAGUCAAGCAGAAAGCCCACUGCUGUCAGAUUCUGAGGAUGAGAACCCCGAGGCCUUGCAGGACGCACACUCUUCUGGGUCUCUGAACCACUACAGUCUGUGUGAGCAGCCCCAGGCCGACCUGCUGCUCCCGGCCACCCCGCCACCCUCUCCCAGACACCCCUCCAGCAUGAACAUGGUGGUCAUCAGCCAACCUGCACCCCUCUCAUCUCCACACCAGCCCAGUGCUCACACACACACUCACAGCUCUGAGUCGGAGGAGGAGUACGAGGCUGCUUUGUCAGGAGGACACAGCUCUGGAGAGGAGACAGCUCUUCUCCUGCCUGACAACAGAGACGCUACCCUCGGAGAUCUGGCAGAGAGUCCCCUGUGGUGAGAAGCAGAACUGCAGGACCGGAGGGCCAGUGCAGCGUGGAUGGCUUUGCACUAGUGCAACAUGUGUUACGAGUUUUGUAUUUAGAAGCAUUUGCGCUUUACAUUAUAUUGACAUGAGUAUUUAAAUAUGCAAUUUGCUUUACACUUUAUAUGCACUUAGAAUAUGCAUAAGCAAUUAGACCUCUCUAUGUCGCACGCAGUUUUACAGUAACUUGCACGGACGUGUUAUUUUACACAUGUCAACUGACAAGCAGAAAGUGUCUGUAACGAGUAGAUCAAGGGAAAGGUUGUAUUUACGGCUGAGGAAAUAAUGUGUGCGUUUCUGUGUGUGUGUGUUAGGGUCUUGAUUUUCGUGUGUUUUAUCUGAGUUCUGUCGUAAGGCUUGUAUGGAUAUAACAAUUACCAUUAAUCUGCAUCAGCAAUAAUGCAAAGCACAAUGUCAUCAAGAUUUUUUCAGAUUUUAAAUGCAAGAUUUAGUUCGGGUGCUCUUCAUUUUGUGGGUCUUGUGGUAGAAGUAUUUUGAAAUUUUGUUUGUUUGAAGAAAGGCAAUGAUUAUGUGCAAUGGGCUACACCAGUGACUGAUCCUUCUGUUUAGAUGUAAGAGUAAAGACUGGCACUUUUGAUUCCUGUCAGGAAGUUUACCAUCAUCCUCAUGUAAAAUUCAUAUGUGCAAGAUCUUCUUUGAAGGAAAUCCACUUGAGCAUGGAGACUGGGGAUAUUAGAAACAGUUAGUUAUUAUAAUGAAUUUAUUACAUUUAAUCCCUCAAUUUAUAUUUGCUGCUUUAUCUUAGUUUCCUGCAUUGUAUUGAAACACUACUUGACAUUAAGGAUGAAAUUACUAUUUGUAUGCAAAAUGUACUUAAACAGCUUAACUACUUAAUGUUCCUCUUUGGGUUUGAGAUACAUUAGAAACUUUUUACAGUACUGUAAGAAGGUUUUUUUUAUAUAUAUUUGAAGGUAUGAAUUGAACUGUUUUAAAUUGUGCCUCACUAAAAUCAAGAAAUCUCAUGUUUAAUGUGUGAUGGCUUCAGGUUGAUCAUGUGGAGAACAUUAUUUGGCCAUCUUUAAACUUUGGUGAUGCUCUUUACCUGAGGUAAAAUUACAUUUUAAUUACAUUCACAGGGAGAGUAUUUUAAUGCAUAUAUUUAAAAGUGAGAUAAUGAAGGGGAAUAUUAUUUAAAAAAAAAAAAAAAGGUAUCAUACAUUGAAAUGUUUUUUUUUUUUAAGUUUGAAACAUUUUCCGGUUGAGCUCACUGUACUUACAGAACCUCUGUUUGGUUGAUUUGUUCUUGCCGUUUACUGUAGGGUUGAAGUUUAAAUAGCACCUUUAUGUUAUUUGCCUUUUAUACAACAUGUCAUAAUCUGUAUUGACUUUAAAAGUGAUGUUACCAUUACACCUCACUGAAACAGCAGUCACUUUGUAUUCAUCAUCCCACUGUAUUUGUAUUGUGCACUGGUCACUGUAGAGACUCUAGAGACUUUUAGUAUAUCUGAGAUUGAAAAAACAUUUCUCAUUUUCAUGAUACACUUCACCUGAAAUGUAACCUGAAAGUUUGAUCACCCAGUACACGCAAAAACCUUUGACAGCAAAAUUUGUUAUUCCUGCUAGCCACUAUACUACAACCGUAAACCUGUUUAUGGCAGGGAACAUGUUAAGAUUAGUCCUAAGUAAUGGUUGUCCACUUUCAUGAGUUUCAGUAAUGUUUAAGAAACAUUGUCUUUAAGAACACAAGUCAUUUCAGGGCAACACAAUCAGAGAAUUUGAUUUAUUGUUUGCUUUUUAUGUAGUUAUUCCUACUUUCACUUAUCUAACUUGUUUUUAGGUUAUGUCGUUCUGUUCAGGAUGUGGGAUGGGUUUCAUUAAAAAAAAAUCAUCAA